AUGAGCCCACCGCAACCCGCUGAAGGCGGCACCUCUACCCACCCGCCGCAUCCGUCCUCUGAUGGAUCCAGCCCUGCCUCGCGCGACAAGCAGACUCUGGACUACAUCGUCAAGUCACUGAUCGCCGGCGGUGUGGCCGGUGCAGCCGCAAAAUCAGUCAUUGCGCCGCUGGAUCGUGUCAAGAUCCUCUUCCAGACUUCGAAUCCGCACUAUGCUCGCCAUGCAGGCUCGUUUCUGGGGAUGUUCACAGCCACGCGCGACAUCCUGGCCACGGACGGUAUCCGAGGGCUGUUUCAAGGGCAUUCGGCCACGGUCCUGCGGAUCUUCCCGUAUGCGGCCAUCAAGUUCAUGUCGUAUGAGCAGUACAAGCAUCUGCUGAUGCCAUCCAAGGCCGACGAGGUUUGGUGGAAGCACACGCUGGCUGGAUCGGCGGCAGGCAUCACCACCGUCCUGUUCACCUAUCCCCUCGAUCUGAUCCGAGUCCGUCUGGCAUACGAAGUCCGGACAACUACACAGAAAAAGUCGUGGGGCAUUCUGUCGAUCUGUCGCGAUAUUUACCGCGAGCCCAGCGUAUUCAUAUACAACCCGCACGGCGCUCUAAAACCCAUCGCCGGCAUCACCAACUUUUAUCGAGGCUUCUUCCCAACACUCUGGGGCAUGAUUCCGUACGCCGGCGUGUCCUUUGCGGUGUACGAGAACAUCAAGCGGUUCUUUGUCCAGGGGCACCGGUCGCCCUGGACGAUCAAGAAUUACCACGAGUGGGAAGCAACAGGCUUUGAUGCGUCCUUCAAGCCCAAGCUUCAGUCGUGGGUGUACCUGUGCUGUGGCGCCAUCUCGGGUGGCAUCGGCCAGGCUGCCAGCUACCCGUUCGAAGUCAUUCGGAGGCACAUGCAAGUGGCCGGCACCUUGACCAGCAGCCUCGGCGGCGGUCUCGCUCCCGUGGUGGGUGUCCCUGUCCCAGAUCCCAAGGUCGAAGAGACCACGGUCAAACACCGCAGCAAGCGAUUCAGCACCACGCUCGAUACCGCUCGCGAGAUCUACCGCAAGCGCGGCAUUCGCGGCUUCUUUGUCGGCCUCAGCAUUGGCUUUGUCAAGGUGGCUCCGAUGCACGCAGUCUCCUUCUUGGUGUACGAGUGGAUGAAGUACCAGCUUGAGCUAUAG